ACGGAUCCCUCUCUCUAACCUCUUCGUCGUCGUCGCCGAAGCAUUAGUAUUACUAUCGUGCAAAAAUGAAGAAAGGAGCUAAGAGAAGAGGCGCUUCUAAAGCCGGACGCAAAGGUGCAGCUGUCGCAGAGAGUCAGAACGACGAGGUGAUUGCCGAGUCUCUCGAGGCCUCGACGCAGGAGGAGAAUCAGGAGGACGGAGUAAAAGACGAGGAGGAAGACAAACAGGUCGAUGAGGUCAACGGCGCUUCGUCUUCCUCUCAGCAAAACGAGGACGUCAAGGACGAGGAAGAUAAGAAGAAGAACAAACCUGCUCGCGGUGGUGGGAAGCGAAAGAGAGCCACGAAGAAGGGAAUCGAAGUGAAAGACGAGAAGAAGCCGCAGGCUCCGAGGGCGAAGAAAGCUCGGGUGAGCAAACCACAGGAAGAGCCUGAGUACUUCGAGGAUGAGCGUAAUCUGGAGGGUUUGUGGAAGGCUGCAUUUCCAGUGGGGACUGAGUGGGACCAAUUAGAUGCCCUUUAUGAAUUCAAUUGGGACUUCAAACAUCUUGAAGAAGCAUUGGAGGAGGAAGAUGGAUUGCUCUACGGGAAGAAAGUCUUUCUUUUCGGUUGUACAGAACCCCAGUUAGUCCCAUUCAAAGGUGCAAACAAGAUUCUCCAUGUCCCAGCAGUUGUUGCUGUUGAAUCACCCUUCCCACCAUCUGAUAAGAUUGGAAUCACGUCGGUUCAGAGAGAAGUGGAGGAAAUCAUUCCAAUGAAGACGAUGAAAAUGAACUGGCUUCCUUACAUUCCAGUUGACAAAAGGGGUAGACAAGUUGAUAGGAUGGACUUUCAAAUUUUUGUCUUGGGCUGUACCCGGAGGAGAGCUGCUCUCAGACACAUGAAGGAAGAUCUCGUCAAGAAGUACGAGUAUUGCCUUCCUUAUUUCUAUCAGCCAUUUACGGAAGAUGAACUGGAACAGAGUACUGAGGUUCAAAUAAUGUUCCCCUCUGAACCGCCGGUUGUAUGUGAGUUUGACUGGGAGCUUGACGAACUUGAGGAAUUUGUGGAUAAACUGAUUGAAGAUGAAGCCUUAGCUGCAGAACAAAAGGACGAAUUCAAAGAAUAUGUGAAAGAGCAAGUACGAGCUGCAAAGAAAGCUAAUAGAGAGGCUAGAGAAGCUCGAAGGAAAGCUAUUGAAGAUAUGAGCGAAGAGACUAAACAAGCCUUCCAAAGCAUGAAGUUCUACAAAUUCUACCCUCUGCCUUCUCCAGAAACACCAGAUGUCUCUGGCGUCAAGUCGCGGUUCAUUAACAGAUACUAUGGAAAGGCUCAUGAAGUCCUUUGAUUAUCAAAUCUUGAGAACACAGAAGCUUUUUCUUGGCAGCUUCAGCAGAAAUGAAACUUAUAUUUUGAUCACAGGUGCUCUCAGAAACUCUUUGAGCUUUAUUCAUAGUUAAAAAGACAAGUUUGGACGAAUAGUGUAAUUUUUUUUCAUUAAUGAGUUUGUAAUCUCCUCCAGUAAACCUUGAUUUUUUUUCCUAA